AUGGCGUCGGAAGAGGAGGGUAUCAACUCGCGCAAGAGGCGCAAGCUUGACCCUCCGAAAGCCACCCCGUAUAUCUUCAAGCCGCUCUUCGACCAGGUGCCCGUGACAGCCGAUGAUGCGGCGGAGGACGUACAUAUUACUUGCGUGGAGUAUUGGAAUGAUAAUUUGUAUAUCGGAACGUCCGCUGCAGAGAUCCUGCAUUUCGUCUGUCUCCCGCCUGACCCGUCCGACUCGAACGAACCGUCCUUCAUCCUCGCUUCGAGAUUACCUAUUCACUACUCUCAGACCUCCUCGGUUCCAACUAAGUCAGGUAUACAACAAAUCCUUAUCCUACCCACCGCGAACAAAGCGUGCGUUUUGUGCAAUGGAACGGCUACUUUCUACAUGCUGCCGGAGCUCAGCCCGGCCUUCGGCGGCAACACUCAGGUCAAAAAUUGUCGUUGGAUUGGAGGCUUGGACCUUAAUAUCGGACCCGCUGAGCCGGAAAACCCCGUUGUGAUGAUCUCGACUCACAGCCGUCUCAUGUUGGUGAAAAUUGGUGAUGGAGCUCGUCUCGUCAGGAACAUUGAAUGUGGAACACCAGCAGAAGAUUCCUCUAUUCCCGAUAUCCUUUGCCGACGAGAUGCAAAACCCCGGUCAAAUAGAGGAUAUGCCAGUUCCGUCUGCUCCCAAAUCACCGCUAUCAAAAGCGAGUUCGCCACCGGACGAGAGUCCCGGUCAUGGACGGAGCUCCAGUUUGAAUACGCUGGCGGGGAUGUUGCAGCCUUCGGCACCUCCACGGUCCGCGUCGAAAGAUCGAUCAAGGUCCCUGACGCCGGAGCAAUCGGAGUCCGAGACGCCCAGAAGAUCAGUGUCAAGGGAGCGUGGCAGGCUGUUGCAGAUGAACAGAAACCUCUACCACCUCUGCCUAAGCAGCCUUCAACCCAACUCAGACCUCAUAUCCUCUCGCCGACCCCGUCCGAGUUCCUAUUAGUCAGAGGCUCUGAUGAAUCGGAACCAGGCGUUGAAUAUGACGAAGACGGCCAAACAAGAAAAUUUUUGGAGGUACAGCCUUGGGAUGUUGACCCAGCAGAAGCCGAGGAUUACAAGAGUUGGGUAGAGAUACCCUCAAUACAAGCUGACCGGACAAAACAUGUCGGAAUCAGCCACACACUCAGUCCCACACAGUUGGAGAUUCAAAAUCUGGCGAAGCUGUUGCGUAUGGUUCGCUUGAAAACUCCCGCCUUAGCAGUAUACGCACCUGCAGCGGACCCAAGAACUCAGGCUUCGAUUGAGCAACUACAGAAAGAGAAAGAGCUGUUUGAGUCCCAGGAGCUGACCGAGGCUAGUGAACCUAAGAAGGCUACAGAUUGGGAAGCCGAACGAAACGCCGAAGAGGCGAAGAUAGCGCAGAACAUUGGCAGGACGCAGAGUAGCCUUGUCUUGUGGGCAGGGAAUCAGAUCUGGCGCAUUGUGAGAAAUCCAUUGACCACGCAGCUCAACGAUGUUCUGCAAAACGCCCAGGUAGUAGUCAACGAUGGGCACACCCUUGAUAGGAAGGCGGUUUGGCACGUAAUUGAGACAGUUCAGCAAACCGAACCCAGGUCAGAAGCAGAAUUCCUGGGCCUAAGCUUACUAAAGCAGAAGUCUAGCCUUCUUCUUUUCGGCGAUCUUCUUUUCAUGGAUCCCACAGCUAGGAAUGAUGAGGUUAUCGACACGACAGAGAAAGCACUCAUCGUCGGAGACUUGGAUCCACGCAUAGCCAUGAUACUUAUUCCUCUUUUACGUACUGAGACUCUGCAAAGCCCUCAAGGAGUAUGGGUUCAUGCAGGGCUGGCGGAAACGGCGGAGGCUUACUUGCGAAAAACCGACGAAGCGGGAAUGUCGAUCACAGGGUUCUUCGAUGCUAGGAUUCUGGACAUGAUGAAACGAUUCCUGCUCUCAUGGCAGCAGAAGCGCGGUUAUGGCAGUAUAUCAGACGAAACCUACGUUUUUGACAGUGUGGAUGCUGCUCUCCUCCGUCUUCUUCUUGCGCAAUGGGAUAGUACCACGAAGGAACAGGCUGCCUCUUUGGGGCUCCGUACUGAGCUUAACAAGCUUGUCGAUAACUGGAAGGGCAACUUUGACCAUGCGGUCUCGCUCUUGGAAAGCUACCACCGACUGUAUGCCUUGAGCCGACUGUACCAAAGUCGCAAGAUGUCUGGGAACGUCCUGAAGACCUGGCGGCGGAUCAUCGAAGGGGAGACAGAUGCCGGUGGUGAAAUAACCCCCGCCGGCGUCGAGGUACAGAUGCGGCGGUACUUGGUCAAGAUUAAAGAUGUGCAGCUUGUUGAAGAGUACGGCUCGUGGCUCGCCCAGCGGAAUCCCCAGCUUGGUAUCCAAGUGUUCGCGGACAACUCAAGUCGCGUUAAACUUGAUCCAUCUGACGCUGUGGCUCUUCUCAAGGAACGCGCACCGAACGCUGUCCAGGAUUACUUGGAGCACCUUGUUUUCUCAAAAAAUUAUGUACAAUAUGCCGACGACCUCCUUCAGUACUAUCUCGACACCGUGAUAACUGUGCUCGAAACCUCCCCUGAAGCCCGAGCUUCUCUGUCUGAGUCCUACUCAACCUACCGUGCCCUCCAACCACCCAAACCUACCUACAUGAAUUUCAUCAAAGAGAACUUACCCUCAAAUCCCUGGUGGCAGUCACGAAUGCGUCUUCUCCAGUUGCUCGGAGGAGGCAACACCACCCAAUUCACAUCUGCUCCCACACCUAGCCUCAACUAUUCGAUCCCCGCCGUCCUCGCUCGUAUCGAGCCCUUUCAGAACGAGCUAGUUUCCGAAUCCAUUAUUCUAGACGGAUUACAAGGUCGACACCGGGAGGCUCUUCGUUUGCUCACCCACGGGUUAGGUGAUUAUGAUGCCGCCACGCGGUACUGUCUAUUUGGUGGCCCUCGGAGCACCAGCUCCACUGGUGCCCCUUUGGAGUUCGCCGAAAUGUCCCGCCAAUCCGAACUAUUCCGGUAUCUACUGGACGAGUUUCUGCAAAUACGCGAUCUGUCUGAGCGAAUUGAACGCACCAGUGACCUUCUGGGACGAUUCGCCGCGUGGUUCGACGUUCGUGAAGUCCUCGACAUCAUCCCAGACGAUUGGAGCGUAGAAAUCCUCAAUGGAUUCCUGGCGCAUGUGUUCCGUGUGCUGGUGUCGGAGUCACGGGAAGUGAGGAUUGAGCGGGCGCUCUCAGCAGGCCAGAACCUGCGCGUAGCCGCAGAGUAUAUCUCAGGGGUGGAGAAGAUCGGGGGCUGGGUUGAGGACGAGGAGGGACUGAAGCAGUUGCGUGGAGGGCACGUGCAAACCAACGCCGGGCGGGAAACGACGGAUAGCGAUUUCGGGGAGAUGGUUGAGGCUGGGAACUGA